CGCGCAAUAGAGGGAAACCGUUCUAUUUAAUUAUAUUACACAGGACAUUUUGGGAUUCUGUGGUAGAGUUUGAAACUGGGUAAUCAAUCGCCCUCGCCCUGAAAACACUUACUUCACACUUGAAUUGGAUCAGGUACAUAAUGGCAGAAAUGGCAUCUGACGUGGGCGGUGCCGUCAUUGUCGUAAACAUUGGACUGGGGAAAAAGGGGUUUGUUAACCGCACAGGUGCAAACAUGGACGAGGAAAACCUGGUAUAUUUCGCUGAUAGACUGGGGUUCAAAGUUAUAAAUAAAGAUCAGCAGUACACAUGCUUGCGGCGAGACCUGGAACUGCAUCAUUGGAAACAUGCUAGUAAAAAUCCAUGCUGCGAGAACCAAGAAAAGUGCCUCCAAUGUUUGAUAGAAAAAAAAGUCAGCGAAUCAUCGAAAUAUUUCCUUUUUGCUCUUAGCUCACAUGGGAAAAUUGAAAACAACGAGUUUUUUGUGGAAUUCAUCGACGAAUCUAAAGCGCGAAACAAAAGGUUUUUGCCAUUGAAAGAGGUUGUAGAAUUCUUGAAAAAUUGCGAAUGUUUGAGGAAGAAGGUCGUCAUCCUCGUUAUUGAAGCAUGUCGAUCAAAUCAAGACACCACAGAUGAUACUGGUGUUCAGUCAGGCAAAGGCCCGACUGUUCUUCCUGCCGAUGAUGAUCAGCCGCCAUACAUCCCUAUCUGCAUACCGAAGAACUUCCUGUUAGUGUACUCCACGACCCCAAACCGAUAUGCGUACCGGGAUGAAACAAAUGGCUCAUGGUUCGAGUCGAAGCUGAAACAGGCUCUCUCCGAUGAAAACGAGGGCGAAAUCGUUGACCUUCUUCAGUUGCUUACCAAAACAGCUGGACUUGUGUCUGAAAUGGAAGCUGAUUUGUCCGAUAAAACCAAACCGACCGCAUCAAACACUGAAACAUUUGGUGUAACCCCAGGAGCGAAAUGCGUUCCAUGUAUUGAACACAGACUGACCAAGCCACCGAUCUUUAAACUGCACUAGUAACAAAGAUAGCGACGAAAUCUCAUCAAUUUGAAAGCAAUUGCAAAUACGUAUAGAUGAAAUUAAGAUAUUUGUGAACUAAUUUUAGUACCAAUAUGAUACGUGCAUGAUGUAUUGGGCGUUCAUAUCCGAGAAAGUAUGAACACAGGCGGUUGUGUUCGAGUUGUGUUUGUUAUGUUCUUGGGCAAGAUAGUUUUUACUUUCAGAUUGUUGAUGUUGCAAUUGUAGAAUAUGAAAUGUGGAAGUAAUUCACCAUGAGUUCCUGACAUUUGGGAUCAAAGUAGCUUAUUCUAUAAUAUAGUAUGUAGGAUUCUGGUUCAACGUUUAUCCAACAUAAAUCCAACUACAUGCAUAUGUUUUUUUUAAAUCACAAAUCAAGCUUAAAACUUAGUCCUGAUCAUGGUUAUUAGGCAAAGAAAUCCACCAAAGAAACAUCUUCCAAGUCAUAAAUCGCGAACAGAGAAGAAAGCAAGUUUGUUUUCAACUAUUGAAUACUAUUAGUCUCGUACUGUAAUAACGUUGAUUUUACAGCGUUAGGAAACAAACGGUAUAGAAUUGUCCCACUAAAUUGUAGACUUUGUAAUAAUAUUUGAUCAGAUUAAAAAACGCCACUUUCUACCAGCUACACAUUAUUAUACCAUUCUGUAUUUCCCAUUACAAGAUGCUACUUUCAACUUUGCUGUUUAAAAUGUGUACUAAUAUUUGUAUAAAUUUGUGCUCUUGACAGAACUUAUUAACCAUGAAUUAAACUAUGGUUUGUCAACUAGCUGAACCGGGAGCGCGUGGAUUGACCGUUCUGCCGGGAAAACUAGUUGGUCAAACGGCUUAUGUAAAUACUUUAUCCAAUAUGCAACCUGUUUGCUUUCAUAUGCUUUAUUUCCAGGUCACCAGUUCAUUGUUAUGUUUUGUUAUGUUAUGUUUGUUCAUUAUUCAUGUCGAAGAAUAGCUCCUUCAGCUAAUGUUUCUUGUUAUCAUAUACCCGACUGAAUAAAGAUCAUUGUAUCUUUAAUCUUGCAUGUUUAUAGACCGAUGACGUACAAAUUAUAGACAGAUGACUUACAAAUAAACAGAU